CUCCAACACAUUCGUUCACUCUGGUGGAGUAAAGUAAAGUGACAUUGAAAGGGUGCCUCAACGUGGCAUCCUAGAGAAAGACCCCUCUAUUUACCAACAGCCGUCACCACACUCUACCGUCCUGGCACACGUAGUACCCUCCGAAACGUCCCUACCUCGACUAAUAAAUGACCAGCAUAGGCGCCAGAGAAAUAAAACAAGCGAAAGACACGGAUCAUUAUCCGAACGUGGAGAGAAAAACAACGGAUCAUUUUCGGAAUCAUAUGUAGGAAAAGCGCACGAAUCGUCGUCGCAGUUGCCUUCUCAAUGCAUACCCUUUGUGCUCGGGGAACGAUGAAACCAGAGAUUAGCGCCGCGGUCGGGUUUCUGUCGAGAUUUCUGCGGAUAAAAGGACACGUAAAUGACAGACAGCUUCAAUCAUUCAGCGCAAGUUUACAGGAUAUUUUGUCAGAGCAAUACAAGCACCACUGGUUCCCUGACAGGCCAUGCAAGGGCUCGGGCUACCGCUGCAUCCGCAUCAACCACAAGAUGGAUCCCCUGGUGGGGCAGGCAGGCCAGCGCAUCGGCCUGACCAUCAAUCAGCUCUACCUGCUGCUGCCUAGUGAGCUCACCCUCUGGGUGGACCCCUUCGAGGUGUCCUACCGCAUUGGCGAGGACGGCUCCAUCUGCGUGCUCUACGAGUCCCAGCCGGUAGCCCCGGCGCCGUCGGGAGGCAGUGCGGUCACCUCGACCCCCAUGGUGGACAGUCACAUCAGCUGCAAGGAGGCGGCGGGGAUGCUGGGUAGGACCAGCCCUUCCAAAGCCUACAACAUGAUGACUAUGUCCAGCUAAGGGCUGCCACCCGCCACGUCGGGUCGUGGGUUUCGCCCUAGUUGGUCGAUGGCGAACCUUUUUAAAGCUAAAAAGAAAUGAAAUGAAAAAGAGAAAAAAAGGAGGAGAAAAGGCAGAGGAUGUGGCCUAUCGUCCAGGUGAAACCUUGUAGGUUUGAUAUUUCUUUCUCCUUCCUCGCUCCAUAGUCUGUUAUGUUGUGUUGUGGGAUCUACCAGAGGCUUCGUUUUUCCCCCCGCGGAGAGGACUGUGUGGAGCGUGGAGCUGUUGGGGGCAGCUAAAACAAACCAAGAAACCGAACAGAGAAACAGCGCAGAGAAGGGGCUGCUUUUUGUUUUCGUUUUUUUACACCGGUCUAUCAUUGUUGACUUUGCACUUUCUUCUCCACGUGGUUACAAUGGGUACCAUGUCACCACCACCCCCACCACCCUCUCAAAAGCUUCAAGGAACUGCUGUCAAGAACCAUACCGUUAAAUUUCAGCCUUUUAUCUACUUCCUGUUGUUAUUGGUUGUACUUCCUGUCUAGGAAGGAAGUUUAGGGGCUGAGGUCCGGACUGUGCCUGUUUCUAGGUCAGUCUCUGGGGAAACGCCCUAAGUAAUUUUCUUCUAAAACCCAGUUUUUGGACCACAGGGUAUUUCUUUACCCCCAGAGGCUGCCCCAUAUACCAGUGUCGAGCUUCAGGAAGCCCCUCCACCUCCAUAUGGAAGUGCAGUGGAAUGCGCUGUGACACCUGUUGCUAAGGACAGUAAUGUGUCACAGCGCACCCCACCAACACUCCCAACCAUGUAUGUGUAGCUUUCUGGGGAGGGCUGGGUAUUUGUCCCCUCCCCUUCGAUCAAUGUUGGUUUGAAAUUCACAAUCAAGUUCUCGUUUUGUUUAUAUCCCUCCAUCCCCACCCUGACCUUUGGCCCUCUCCAAAUUCAAAGUGUAGCAUAGGUGGCACUAUAUUUUCACCAAAAUCUGGAUCGUUUGUUUUGGUUGUUGUGGCCCUGUCAGAAGAAAUGACAUUGAAUGCACUUUUGACAUUUAGAUUGUGUGGGAUGUGUACUUCUAGAGAAAUCCAUCUUCAUUCCAUUCGCUCCAAUGUCAUCUUUCAUGAGUUCCCCUCCUUUUUUUUGUUGUAAAUUACUCACAGCUCUUACGUCAGGCUAGACCCCACUCUAUAGAAUUGGGGAGAGUAACUCUGAAGGUUUUAAAAAGUUUUCACAAUGUAAGCAUUUCAUUCAGAUCCGUUCAGGUUUUGGUAGGUAGGUGCGGUUUGUGACAGGUUAGGCGUCUGUUGUCCGUUUGUAAGGCACUUUUCUCGGAAGCCCCCCCCGACACACACACACACACACAGAUGGCAAUUUGAGACACUUCUAGAACUCUGAUAGAUCUCUCUGCAGCUGUCGAGGGGUGUGUGAGUGUAGCCAAAGGGAAGUCUGUACGCCCCUGACUGGGUCCAAGGCUUUCAACACCUCUCCUUUCUUCUGUCUCUCAGUUUGGGUGAGGGGUGCUUUGCCCAACGUAGGACUUCAAUGUUACACCUAUGAGCCAUUCUCUGGAGAACCGAGAGAGAACCAGCGUAAUGUUAGCCAGCCUGGGUCGAGGUGCUGCUGGACCCUCUCUGGAGGUGUCCCUGUCAGGGCAGACAGACACAAGAAGCCCCUCUGGUGCCACAUAUCACCCCCAGCCAGCCAACCAACCAGCCAACCCCCUCCCCCCAAUAGCAGUACGGAGCAAGCAGUAACACAUAUCGUCUAUCCUCGCACCAGGGGAGGGAAUGGAGGUGGUGCGGGGGGCCAGAGCCGGAUACUCUCGUCCAGGGCAGCUACAAUCCCUCCGGCCCCCUCUAAACUAACCUCCACCCAACCAACCCCCUCUUGGCGGUGGAGAGCAAAGCCAGCACAUGCACUCAGCGCACUCCGUCUGCACUGGGAGCCCACAUAGAGACAGGCAACAAAGAGGAGUCAAAGGAUAGGAAGUGGCGGUACACAGUCCAAGUUUCUUUGUUUCUUAGGCUGAGCACUGAACUAGUUUACAUGGGUGCAAUAGGACGAUGGUGGUGUCAGUCGUUCUAUAGCUCACUCCUGGUUGGCCGCGCCACAGACAGACGAUGUGACAGGUUGUGGGGUUUCGGGGCUUUUAUCCGCUAAGCUGGCCAGGCUGGGCACCAGCCCAUCAGACCUACAUGUGCUGCUUUAAGCUCCCUAAGCACAGAGGAUCAUGGGUAAUGGAUCUGUGGUUGUUGAUGCACUGCACACCCUAUCCUCCCUCAUCCACUCCCCUCCUCCUCACUGUCCUCCCUCUCUCCAUUUCUCCUGGUGCUCCUUCAUCAAUCUGUGGAAAAAGCAGUGUCUCCACAUGAGCCAGAUGGACAUGUCUGAGAGAGGAGCCCAGAGCUUUGUUGUUGUGGUUGAAAACCAGCUUUUUAAAAACCUUGCAGCUCCUCUAUUGCUUCGAUUAUGGCAGCUAUCGAUGUUGUUAUGAGAUUGGUCUGUGUUUCAGACGUAGCAAGUUGUCCCUCUUUUUGCUAUAUGUAUUUUAAAGUCACAGAGGUGUAGCAUCUCAUCCCCCCCUCCCUUUCUCCCUAGUCUGAUCAUCUAUCCCAAUUUGAACAGACUUCAUUUUUAGACCUACCAAAAAGGAAACGAAGCCGAAAUUGUUUGAUCUCUUUCUCAACAGUAACACCACCACCAAAACAAUUGGAUUUAGUCCACAAUAUCGGAUCUGUAAAUGCAUCCAUUCAGCCUUUGCGCACAUAGGUUUCAGAAACGUUGUGAAAAGUGUUUUUGAAUAGUCGGAGGUAAUAGCACAUAAAAUGCACUAAAUAUGUGAAGUUGAAGUUGUGACGUUUUUGAGAUGCGAGGAGUCUCUUCUGGAAUGUAUUACCAAACUCAGGCCUGGGACAUUCAAUAAAAACCCUUCUGGAAAAGCCUGGGACAUUCAAUAAAAACCCUUCUAGAAAAGCCUGGGACAUUCAAUAAAAACCCUUCUAGAAAAGCCUGGGACAUUCAAUAAAAACCCUUCUAGAAAAGCCUGGGACAUUCAAUAAAAACCCUUCUGGAAAAGCCUGGGACAUUCAAUAAAAACCCUUCUGGAAAAGCCUGGGACUAG